AUGUAUUAAUAAGGGGAGGGAUAUAAAGAUGAAAUAUAUCUUGAUGAUGAUGAAGUUUUUAAAUAAGAUGAAGAACCAUCAAUAUUUGAUAUUGUAUAUCAAGAAGUGGGGUGUAUUUUACUUAAAUAUACCAACCUAAAUCUUAUAACAUGCCCAAAUACUCUUCAUUAUAUUACCUUAAAUUUUAAUAAUGAUGAACCAAUCUCAUUUCUCUUUCAACCUAACUAUAUUUUAGUAGAACAGUUAGCAGUUAAUCCAGCUCUGAAAGAAAUUGCUGAUUAAUUAUAAAUAGAGGAUCUUAUUAAUCAUAAUUAGAAUGAUCAUGAAUAUUUUUCAGACUACUAUUAGCAUUUAAUAAAAGAAACAUUUAAAUCUCAUAUAAAUUAAGCUUAAGAAAUAUUUUAAAAAUAAGUAGAAUUAUUGUAAGAAUAAAGAAAUAUGCCUUAAGUUAAUUAAGAACUAUAAUCAAUAUUUUUAGAUAAGCAGUUUUAAUUUCCAUAAAAAUUAGAUUAUAAAAAUUCUGAAAUACCUGAAAAUGAAAUCAAAUAUAAACUCUUUGAAUCAAUUUAAAUAUUGUAAUCUAAUUAUUUAAAUAAUAAUCCUAUAGAAAAUAAAUCUACUAAAUUAGAAUGUUCAGAUACUGCAUAACAUUUAUCAGGUUAUAAAACUUAAUCAGAAUGUUUUGAUAUAACUCCUUAAGUUUAGCCAUAGGUUAUAAGUUCUUUAAAUAAAGAGAAGAUUAAGAUGAUUGUAAAUUGGUUAAUCUAAGAGAAUAUUGCAAUUCCUGAGAUCAUACUUUGUGCUGAAUUAAAAAAUAGAGGAAAUGGAAUGAACUUAACUUUUAAUCCUAAUUAAUAAAUGUUGAAUAUAUGUGCAUUUUAUUAUCACUCAUUUUAUGACGCAUAACAAAAUUAAACAGAAACUAAAAACAUAAAAGAAGAAAAUACAGAUGAAUAAAAAAUAAAUUAACAAAUCAAAGUUAAAAAAUAAAAUGCUAAAAUAAUUGAAUAUCUACUAUUAAUAAGAAUGAUAGAUUUGGUAGUUCAAUAAUAGGAAUCUCUUAAAUCUAAAAUAAUUUAAUUGAUAAAAUAUCCUUAGUUAAAAAAUUAAAUAAAAAGAUUAUCGAGGAUUUAAGAAGUUGAUGCUCAUUUUAAAAUAGUUAAACAAUUUAUUGAAAAAUUGGAGACAAUACUUCUUAUCUAUGAUGAAACUAAAUAGAGAGAAAUAAAAAAUGAAAUUGAAUAGAAGAAUUAAACAUAAUCAAAUAGUUUGAGUGAAAUCGAUGAUGAAAGCAAAACUAUAAAAUGCUAAAAAAAAUAUUAUAGGUUGCUUAAAUUAAUUUUAAAAUUAAUAUUAAUUGAAUCCAUAUAAUAAGAAAUACCUAUCCCACAAAUUUUGACUUGUUUAUGGUUUAAGAAACAUAAGGAAAAAAUAGUAGAAGGUUAAAUAAUUAUUUAAAAUUCUGUUUAAAUAUUACCUUCAAAAUUAAGAUUGAUACCCUAUCUAUAAUAAGAAAAUCGGUUGAAACUUAAACUAGAAUAAGUUUAAUUAUAAUCCUUUUUAGAGCUACCUGAUACGUCUACAUAAGAGUUAGAAGAUUUUGAAAAUUUUUUAUAAUAAUUUAAAUUUGACAAUAAAUAUUGUAGAGAUGUAGUUCUAAUUGAAAAAAUAUUAAUUAUCAUUCAUAAUAAAAAAGAUAGUAUUAAAGAUCAAUUAACUUAAGUAAUGUAAGAUUAAUUAAAAAUUGAAAAAGCUAAAGAAUAAUUUAAAGAUAGAUUAGUAUUACUUCCUAAAUUAAGAACUAACAAGACUUAAAUAAAUGAUGAACCUAUAUUAGAAAAUAUUAUAAGAAUAAUAGAAAAUCUAUAAUUAUACAUCUGUUAAAGUAAAAAUGAUAAUCUUAUGAUUAAUGAAAAUUAAGUAAAUAUUUCUAAAAAAUAAAUAUCUACUAUAUAAAAAUAAUAAAUGAUAGAAUCUAAAAAAUUAGAUAAAGAAGGUUUGAAAGUAUUUAUACUAUCUGGAUUAAUUACUUUAAUUGAUAAUGAAGUACCUUUACCAGACUUAAUCACAUACUUAGGAAUUAAGAAUAAAUCUCAGAAAUUCAGUCUUUAAAUUAAUAAGAAUUAUAGAUUAUAGGAAUAUUUAACUACAUAAAUGUAAUUGAAUAAAGUGGAAAUAACUGAUUAAGUAGAGAGUAAAUUACUUAUUAAAAAAAUAAAGAUUUAAGAUGGGGAAAAUAUUACAAUUAUCCCUAAUAAAGAAUAGAUAUCAGAACCUUAAUUGAUUAUAAGAGCAUUGAAAUUAAUUACAAAUUGUGAGAUGACAAAAUAAUUAUCAGAAAUUUGGUAAAGACCUUCUGUGUUAAAUUUAAAGAAUUAAGUAUAUAAAAAUAGUUUAAAAAAAACUAAAAAUGAUACUACAAUAGGAUAAAUAAAAAAAUAAUUUAAUAAAAUUGAUAAUAAAUAUUAUAUAUUUAAUAAUAAUUAAUAAUGA